CCGGCCGCUCUCCCCUCGCUCGCUCCUGCCCCGGCGUGCAGGGCCCGGCCGCCGCCAUGUCGGGCCCGUUCGAGCUCUCGGUGCAAGAUCUCAACGACCUGCUCUCGGACGGCAGCGGCUGCUACAGCCUCCCGAGCCAGCCGUGCAACGAGGUCACCCCGAGGAUCUACGUCGGCAACGCGUCUGUGGCUCAGGACAUCCCCAAGCUGCAGAAGCUGGGCAUCACCCACGUCCUGAAUGCCGCCGAGGGCCGGUCCUUCAUGCACGUCAACACCAACGCCAACUUCUACCAGGACUCUGGCAUCACCUACCUGGGCAUCAAGGCCAACGACACCCAGGAGUUCAACCUCAGCGCCUACUUUGAAAGGGCUGCAGACUUCAUAGACCAGGCGUUGGCUCAAAAGAACGGCCGGGUGCUCGUCCACUGCCGCGAGGGUUACAGCCGCUCCCCGACCCUGGUCAUCGCGUACCUCAUGAUGCGACACAAGAUGGACGUCAGGUCUGCCCUGAGCGUCGUGCGGCAGAACCGUGAGAUCGGCCCCAACGACGGCUUCCUGGCCCAGCUCUGCCAGCUCAACGACAGACUGGCCAAGGAGGGGAAGCUGAAACUCUAGGGCGUCCCCUUGUGCCUCUUCUCCGGAGGUGCACCCGGGAGGCCCCGGUGGAGGACGGCCGCGGCCGCCACCUUAGGACCCACAGUGUAUCCCGCUCCCCACGUCACAAGGCGCUUGCCCACGCGUCCGUCCCAGCACAGCCCGGGGCCGCUGCCCCCAGGAGCACGUCAAGAAGCUUGCCGAGGAGGGCGGUCUCGCUCCCUGGUCGUCCUGUCCCGUAAUUCACGGUGUCCUCUCCCUGAGCCCGGAUCCCAGGACAGGCCUGUGGCGUGCACCGCCCUGUGGCGCAGGGCAGGGGGUCUGUGGGAGGGGAAGGCCCCCGGCCACCUCCCUGCACUGGGUCCUCCCUCCAGCGGAGACCUCAACCCCUUGCGCCCCAGUCCAGGGGCGGUGCCAGCGCAGGCCCCGGUGUCCCCACCACGUCUGUCCCCCCGUGGCCCUCUCAGCCUUCCACUUCUGGCUUGGAGCGGAGCGGCCGUACCUGCUGCCAAGACUGUGUGUGGAUGACUUAGGAUUACAGGUGCCCCGAGAGGCCCCUGGCUGGGCCAGCCGUUUCUCCCGGAGGACGCCCCCCGGCCCCAGGGCUCGCCAGCGGUGCCUCUCUGGGAAGCCCCAGUUGGCCGUGCGCUGCUGCCGGCUGUCCCCCUCGACCGGCUGGCGUCUGGUGGAAGAGCAGGGGCCUUGGGCGUGGUGUUUUCUCUCUUGUUUUGAAAACGGGGUGUUGAAGUCCAGUCUAUUUCAAAACCGCACCAUUUGGAGAAUUACAAGGGUUUUGUCCUGAAUGACGGCGUUGGGCGGCUCAGGAGCUCACGCCGGCUGCUCAGCGUCUCCGUUGCUAUUCCAGACCCUGGAGGAGGAGGUGGCCAGUUACGGUGGGGAGGGGGGUUGUGAGCCGGGGGUGCCUUCUGAAACACAGCCCCAGGAUGAGCAGGGAACAGAACGGGUCCCCGGCACACACCCGGCUCACUUCCGGUGGCCCUGAUGGUGCUGGGCCAGUGCGGGAGCCCCAGUGGGGCUCAGCCGGGAAGGACAGAGGCUUGGGGAGCAUCCGGUCGGCAGUGAGGAAAAGACCACGUUUACUGACAGUGAGGGUGCUGGGGUGCACAGGUGCUCCAGUGUGUGUGCUCUGCUGUGGACACAUCUUGUGGGGUGUGGCCGUCGCUGUGACGUGCUGCUGUGUGUCUCUGGGUCACUGGGCAGCGCUGGGGGUGGGGGAGGUUCUCAGCCACGGCCCCAGCAGCGAGCACAGACGUGUUUGAUCAAAGGUUAGGGACUGGAACUCCUUAUUUAUGCACCAAAUACGUAGUGUGGUCUGUGUGGGUGAGCCAGGCUGCCAGAGGCCUGGCCCCGUGCGAGGACACGGGCAGGAUCUGUGCAGGUGUCCCCUGCAGGGGAGGCGCCAUCAGGGACUUUUGUCGCGUGUGUCAAUUUAAAUUCAGGUAGUGUUCAUAUGUGGGUGUCAGGAAUGUGCCUUUCUGGGAGCUGCACAGCUGGGUGGUCACUGGCCCCUCUCCCCUGAGACACAGCAGCUUUUGCAGAUCCUGAGCUGCCCAGGUAGCCCCAGCUCCGUGAAAUGACUGUCCGUGGACCUGUGCUGUGCUUUCCAGCUUUGGGGGGCUUCGCUGCCCCCCCCCCCCCACGUGGCCUUCAGUGGUGGAGCGGACUCACGUGUUGUUAACAGGAAGGAAGGCACUUGCGGGUCAGGAUGGCCAAGGGCAGGGCUCCCAGGGUUGCUGGGCUCUUUGUUAAGGCAGAGCCAGGAUGCCAGGGCUGCUCUUCCAGACGCUGGUUCUUUCUUAGCACAGCCCUCUGGCAGGAGCUCCUGGAGCCGGAGCUGGGGCGCGGCGGUGUCGCUGCUACUUGGGACGUUCACACCCGCAGUGGAGCGCUGGUGCGUGUCCCGGCCCCUCUGCCUCUGACCCAGCUUCCUGCCGACGCGUCUCGGACGGCAGCAGACGACAGCUUAAGCAUUUGGGGCCCUGCUACCCAUGCAGGAGACCUGGAUGGAAGUUCAAGGCCCCUGGCUUUGGCCUGGCCCAGCCCCGGCUGUUUCAUGCAUUUGGGGAGUGAACCAGCAGAUAGAUGAUCUAUCUCUCUCUUGCUCUGUCAUUCUGCCUUUCAGGUAGAUGCAAAUAAAUAAAACACUUUUUUUUUUUUAAUUUUCUUUCUUUCUUUUUUUUUUUAGAGACAGAGAGAAAGGUCUUCCUUCCAUUGGUUCACCCCCCCAAAUGGCCACCAUGGCCGGAGCUAUGCCAAUCCAAAGCCAGGAGCCAGGUGCCUCUUCUGGGUCUCCCACGUGGGUGCAGAGGCCCAAUCCCCUGGGCCAUCCUCCACUGCCUUCCCAGGCCACAGCAGAGAGCUGGACUGGAAGAGGAGCAACCAGGACUAGAACCUGGCACCCAUAUGGGAUGCCGGUGCCGCAGGUGGAGAAUUAACCAAGUGAGCCACGGCGCCGGCCCAAUAAAACAUUUUAAAAGGAAAACGAGCCGCCCCCUGCCCCAUGCCCAGGAGAGUCCAGGUGCACUGCACGCGCCCUCCUGGCCCCGCUGACUGGGUUGGAACGUGCGGCUGCUCCUGCAGGUGCCAGGCAGCACCCCUACAGAGCCUGCUGCUCUGCUCCUGGAAGAGGCGCGGGUGCUGUGCCUCCCAUCUCAGCCCCGGCACUGGUCGCCUCACAGGACAGCCGUGGGUACCGAGUGAACGGAGCAGCUUGGUGUGGCCAGUUAACUAAGGGAGGCCCUGAAGGCCUCUCUGCGGGCGCAUGAGGAUGCUCACUUGGGAUUUCUUAGUGGUCUGUAUCCCAGGAACCCUACACUUGCUUUGUGAGAUUUAUUUUUAACUCCCCGUUAAAUGAACGUCUGUAGUCUAAGAGCCAAUGCCUGCCCAGCUGAGUGGGAGCUGUGCCUGGGCAGCUCUCUGCCCACUGGGGAUGCAAUGGGAUAGGAACUCAGGGUGCCCUUACCCCCUCCCUACCCCGACCUCUGUCUGUGACCUAAUAGAGCCCCACCCAGGCAAAUUAGAGCACCAAGCAGUUGUCUUCUCUAUCUUAAAGCAGCUCCUCUGCCACUGAGUUAGCGUGAGAGCAGAAGCCCACUGCCUGCCAAUGAGGGAGCUCACCCAGAAGACCUCAAGGGCCCCUUUGGCUCUGACACUGUACGGGUCUGUUAGAAUCCCACUUGGAUUUAGCAUCAUCUGCAAAGUAUAGGAUGUGCUAGGAAUAAUAAUAUUAUGGCCAGCAGGUGGCGCUGCGCUCCGCCCGUGGCAAUGGAAGGAUGGGAAGUGGAAUGUUGGUGACUUUUGUGUUCCCAGUUUGUGCUAAGAUGCUAACAAUGUCCAGAUGCUAAUGUUUUAAUCAAAAUAAGCACUUGUCUUAAAUACGAGGAUAUGGACUUUUCUUGCAGGGAAUCUUCUUUGCCAUAAAACUGGUGUCAGGAAUCAUUGAAGAGCACACAGCCACGUCCUCUCCCGAGGGGAGACUGAGGCCUUCCCGGGUGCAGUGAGCAGAUGGCUGCAAGUUCCACUUUAGGACCUAUUGCCUCCUGCUCGCUUUGGGGGUAAUAUCAUGAAAGGGUGAAUGUUCUGGACAGAAAAAGGGAAGAUAUGAAAAUGAUUUUUUUUAAAGACAAGUUUAAUGUCUGCUGUAUCGCGAAUCAGUGUUAAAACACUAAGGUUGUAACCAAAAUAAAUGUCUUACAUGAUCAAGAAA